ACCCCACAGCUAUCCCAGGGGGGACGUGAGAUCGGUUUCAAAUACCCUGCCUCUUCCCUCGGUGGCAAACCUUCUGUCCUGUCCAGGAGCCCCCAGCCCAACCUGGCCCCCACAGGAACACAGCGAAAGGUAAAGCAGCUCGCAGCCGGUCGACUACCGCCACAUCGUGUAGAACUUGGAUUUACUUCUGCACUCAUCGCUGCUCUGUUUUACCCAAGGAUCCUUCCUCACACGUGACUUUCUUCAGGACUGGAUACUGAAAGGGGCUGGAUUGACUAUGAAGAUCCUGGGCCAUGUGGUUUUCCUGCUGCUGAUAGGAGGGAUUUGUUGCCAGAACAACCGCAGUGCCAAACCUAGUGGCAAGUCAUCUAAGAAGAACCAGGGGAACCAGAACCAGGGGGCCGAGGCAGUCCAGUCGGCCCCAGAAGAUGAGCCCCAUUCUGGGCCAGUGGAGUCGGGCAGGGAGAGUAACUCUGGAGGUCGGGCGGCAGCCCAGCAGUCAGCUUCACAGAACAACAAGGCUUCAGAUGAUAUGAAGCUGCAUGUCCUCAAGAACACUCAGGUCACAUGCAACGAUGGAACAGCGGCAGGGUUUUACCUAAAGGAGUUCAAAGGGAGUAAGCGAUGGCUGAUAUUUCUGGAAGGCGGUUGGUGCUG